AUGGCCCUCUCCUUCUCAACCCGCCAACUCUACUACGACGGCCAAAUCCGCCCAGCCACCUCCGGCAAGACCUUCCAAACCAUCAACCCCGCCACCGCGAAACCCCUCGCCGACAUCCAAAUCGCCUCCCACGCAGACAUCGACGCCGCCAUCCAAGCCGCCGACCGCGCAUUCCCCACCUGGUCCAAGACGCCGUACAUUGCGCGUGCGCGCAUCCUGCAGAAAGCCGCGACCUUGCUGCGCGAGCGCAAUGAUGAGAUUGCGCGCGUCGAGACGCUCGACUCGGGCAAGGCGUUCACCGAGACGAGUACGGUGGAUGUGGUCACGGGUGCGGAUGUGUUGGAGUAUUAUGCCAAUUACAUCGGGAGUGGGGGGUUGAAUGGGGAGACGACGCAGCUGCGUGAGGAUGCGUGGGUGUAUACGAAGAAGGCGCCCUUGGGAGUCUGCGUGGGGAUUGGAGCUUGGAAUUAUCCGAUUCAGAUUGCGCUCUGGAAGUCUGCCGUCUGUCUGGCCGCAGGAAAUACCAUGGUCUACAAACCCAGCGAAUUCACCCCGCUCCACGGCGAAACCCUCGCCCAGAUCUACACCGAGGCCGGUCUCCCCGCCGGAGCCUUCAACGUGGUCAACGGCGCCGGCGACGUCGGCGCCUACCUGACCAGCCACCCCAGCGUCGCCAAGGUCUCGUUCACGGGCCAAGUCUCCACCGGGAUGAAAGUCGCCGGCUCCGCCGCCGGCAACAUGAAGUACGUGACGAUGGAACUCGGCGGCAAAAGUCCGCUGAUCAUCUGCCCGGAUGCCGAGCUCGACAACGCGGUCGACGGCGCCAUGAUGGCCAACUUCUACAGCACGGGCCAGGUCUGCACGAACGGCACGCGGGUCUUCGUGCCCCGGGCCAUGAAACUCGCCUUUGAAAAGCGUCUGCUGGAGAAACUCGCCUUUGUGCGCGCGGGCCCUCUCUUCGACGACCAGACCAAUUUCGGCCCGCUGAGCUCCGAAGCCCACUAUAAAAAGGUCCUCGAGUACAUCCACCACGGCAUCCAAACGGACCGCGCAACCCUGCUCGCGGGCGGGCCCGGGAAACCGUCCAACCUGCCCCAGGACCUCCAAGCCGGAUACUGGGUCCGACCCACCAUCUUCACCGACUGCACCGACGAGAUGCGCAUCGUGAAAGAGGAGAUCUUCGGCCCCGUCAUGUCCAUCCUCUACUACGAUUCCGUCGACGAGGCCGUGCGUCGCGCGAACGCGACGGAAAUGGGCCUGGCGGCCGGUGUUUUCACCAAGGACCUGAACCAGGCGCAUCGCCUGAUCGAUCAGUUGCAAGCGGGCAUCACCUGGGUGAACACCUGGGGCGAGAGCCCCGCGGAGAUGGCCGUCGGCGGGUGGAAGAAGAGCGGCCUGGGCGUGGAAAAUGGUCACAAGGGAAUCGAGUCGUGGGUGCAGAACAAGAGCACGCUGGUUGAUAUGAGUGGGGCGGUGGCCACGGUGUUUGCGAAGCUCUGA